AUGGGCAAAGUCAUCAAGGUCUCGUGGUACUCUGUGGGAUUCGAUGGGGGAGAUUAUGAUGAUCAAAUGAUAACAAUAAGAUAUUUGAGAGGGGCUAUCAGUGUGACCCCAACUAGAUAUAUAGCAUGUGUGUUUGACACAGUUUUGCUGCAGCAGAUAGAAUACAAUAUAGAUAUGCUACGUGUUGGAUUAAAUACUGUGAACAGGCUGGUUAGACCAGGACGUGCUUCAAGCAUCAAACAGUUAGCGAGAAGCUGUUCUUCAACAACCAAUCAAACCACAGAGGCCCCUGCAGCUGUUCCAUAUGAGUGGGAGAAAGUUAAGGACUCUAAAGGUCCAGUGUCUCUACCAAGCCAUGCUGAUGUAGUUAUUAUAGGUGGGGGUGCUAUGGGAUGCAACAUGUUGUAUCAUCUAACCAAGUUGGGUAUGACCAAUGUUAUACUGCUUGAGAGGGAUGAACUAACAUCUGGGACCUCAUGGCACAGUGCAGGUCUCGUGUGGAACCUCAGGACCAGUGAUGUAGAAGUUGACAUGUUGGUUUACGCCCGCAACCUCAUGGAAUCACUUGAAGCAGAGACUGGCAUUGAUCCUGGUUGGAUCAACAAUGGUGGUCUGUUUGUGGCAAACAACAAAGUCCGGAUGGAUGACUAUAGAAGAUUGCAUAGUUUAGGAAAAGCUUAUGGGGUUGAGUCUCAUCUUUUAUCCCCUGAGGAGACAAAGAAACUCUACCCUCACAUGUUCAUUGACGAUAUGUUCCCUGAUGGUGGCUCCCUCUACAGUCCACGUGAUGGAACUAUUGAUCCUGCGGGUUACUGUAUGGCACUGACGAGGGGUGCAACCAGUAGAGGAGGAAAGGUGUUUACUAAGUGUAUAGUGAAAGGUGUUGAGACAACAGUUAAUGACUUUGGCACCAAGAUGAUCACAGGAGUCAGGACCACAUUAGGAGAUGUGACAACUAAUGCAAUUGUCAACUGCACAGGUGUCUGGGCUCCCAUGCUUGGAAAGAUGGCAGGCGUCACUGUGCCACAGGUUGCUAUGCGACAUGCCUAUGUUGUCACAGAAAAAAUUGAGGGAAUCCAAAAUAUGCCAAACAGCCGAGACCAUGAUGCAUCAGUGUACCUGAAACUACAGGGUGAUGCGCUUUCUGUGGGUGGAUAUGAACCAAAUCCCAUUUUUUGGGAUGAUGUGAAAGAAGACUUUGCAUUUUCCCUGUUUGAACUAGACUGGGAUGUAUUUGGUCAUAAUAUCAUGGGAGCCAUGCACAGAGUGCCUAUCAUAGAGCAGACGGGGAUAAAAUCAACAGUGUGCGGGCCUGAGUCAUUCACUGCAGAUCACCGCCCUCUAUUGGGAGAGGCUACAGAGGUUAGAGGAUUCUAUCACGCCAGUGGGUUCAACAGUGGAGGACUUAUGUUCAGUGGUGGUUGUGCUAGAGAGCUCUCUCGCUGGAUCGCUGAUGGUCGCCCAAAUUUGGACAUGUAUAACUAUGACAUCAGACGCUUCACUACACGUUUGACUGGAAAUGAUAGAUGGGUGCGAGAACGAAGUCAUGAGUCUUACAACAAGAACUAUUCCAUCUUAUUUCCUCAUGACCAGCCACUAGCAGCAAGGAACACACGGACGGAUGCUCUUUAUCAAACAAUGGUAGAUGCUGGUUGUGUAUUUGAGGAGAGACAGGGAUGGGAGAGACCAGGGUACUUCAAUAAAGAUGGGCCUGCUCCACCUCUGGAGUAUGACUACUAUGGUUACUAUGACAACCAGAAGCACGAAGACAAUAAAUACUUUGAUAAGCUGAAAGAAGAGUACAACUUUGACUUCCCACCUUGUCAUGAGCAAAUUGAGCAUGAGUGUCUUACAUGUCGUGAAAGUGUCGCUGUCUUCAACAUGUCAUACUUUGGCAAGUACUACCUCACAGGACCUGAUGCCCAGAAGGCAGCUGACUGGAUAUUCUCAAAUAAUAUGCAGAAGAAAGCAGGGUCUACAGUCUAUACCUGUAUGCUACACAAGUAUGGAGGCAUACAGGCAGAUUUGACAGUAUCAGUUCUAGAGCCAGGAUCUGGAGGACCACAUGACCCAGCAUUUGAAGGUAGUGGGUUCUACGUAGCUGUUGGAGGAGGGGUAGCUCAGUAUACAUACUCUCACAUUCUGGAUAUACUACAAGACAACCAGUUCAAUUGUCAACUCACAGAUCUCUCAGAUGACAUGGGGAUGAUUAGCAUUCAGGGACCAAAUAGCCGUGCAGUAAUGUCAGCCCUAUCAGAUACAGAUUUUAGCAAUGAGGCAUUCCCAUUUUCUACACACAAAGUUAUCAAAAUAGGUGGUCAUUCAGUGAGAGCCAUGCGCUUGUCGUUUGUUGGAGAGCUAGGCUGGGAGCUUCACAUGCCCAAUGAUGCUUGUGUGGAGAUAUACAAGGCAGUCAUGGCUGCUGGGGAGAAAUAUGGUAUUGUGAAUGGUGGAUAUAGAGCAUUGGACUCCCUUAGCUUAGAAAAAGGCUACAAACUAUGGACCACAGAUAUUAGAACAGAUGACCUGCCACUAGAGGCUGGACUAGCAUUUACAUGUAAGCUCAAAUCUGAGACUCCAUUCCUUGGCAGAGAACAACUUAUUGAGCAAAAACAGAAGGGAAUGAAGAAGCGUCUAGUUACUUUUACUAUAGAUGAACAUGUACCACUCCACAGUCUGGAAUCAGUAUGGCGUGAUGGAGAAGUUGUCGGAUUUUUACGACGUGCUGACUAUGCAUUCUCAUUGGGGAAGAGCUUCGGGGUCGGCUACAUAUCAAAUCCCAGUGGAGAACCAAUCACAACAGACUUUAUCAAAUCUGGAAAUUAUGAAAUUGAUCACAUGGGGGAAAUGUACAAGGCUAAGAUGUAUUUGAAGUCUCCAUUUGACCCCAGUAAUAAGCGAGUCAAGGGUGUCUAUGAUGAGGCAUUGCCUAUUCGACAGUAAAACAUGUUAAGAUCAAGACCCUGGGAUCAGGAAUGGGGUGCAUCAAAGUAUUUCAGAUAUUUGUGUCCAGCUGAACCAGUUUUUAUUAUCUUAAUGUGUUCCCUCUGAUAUUAUCAACCUAAAUAUUGCAGGACUCAGAGAUCCAGAAUAUUUUCAUUCUAUUUCACUUGGUGGAAUGGAUUCUAUGGACUGCUUAAGAGAAUGGAAAUUAUCAUUGUCGAAAUAACCAGUGACUAUAUCGGCCAUGAUAUCUGAAUCUGAACUGUUAGAAGGCUUUCUUGUAAAACAUACCAGUGAAAAGAUCAUAAGUGGUGACAUAUUGAGAUAGUCUCCAACUUGUUUGUGGAUGAU